CAGCAACUUCUCAUUGUGAACACAGCCGCUGCCAGAGCACCAGGCAAGCCAGACCUGUGGAUCCCACUCACUCUGUCUCUCUUGCUGUCCCAGGAUGUCUCUCCUCCGGGGUGUCCUCUUACACGUCCUGAGCUGGGCCGGCCUCUGUCAGAUCCUGUAUGCGGUCUGUACCGGACUGGUUGCUGUGGUUGGAGCUUGGACGGUGAGGCUGCUGGUGCGUCACGCCUGGUACACGCACAGACUGUCUUGCUUCAGCAAACCACAUGCAGACUCAUGGCUGAUGGGCCACCUGGGCCAGAUGCAGAGCACAGAGGAAGGUCUCCUCCAGGUGGAUGAACUGGUGCAGACCUACAAACACUCCUGCAGCUGGUUCCUGGGACCUUUCUAUCACCUGGUCAGAGUCUUCCACCCUGACUAUGUCAAACCUCUACUCAUGGCACCUGGUAGGGUUACACGCUCCAGCAUCACAGUGAAAGACGAGCUUAUCUAUGAUCAUCUGCGUCCAUGGCUUGGACAGAGUCUGUUGCUUAGCAACGGGGAGCAGUGGUCUCGCAAGAGGCGGCUGCUGACUCCAGCUUUUCAUUUUGAUAUUCUGAAGAACUACGUCGCCACAUUUAACACGUCGACCAACACCAUGCACGAUAAAUGGCGCCGUCUGGUGGCAGAAGGCAGGACCAACACAGAGAUGUUUGACCAUAUCACUCUGAUGACACUGGACAGUUUACUCAAAUGUGCCUUUAGCCACAACAGCAACUGUCAGGAGUCUACCAGUGAGUACGUGUCAGCCAUAGUGGAGCUCAGUGACCUGAUAAUAGAUCGUCGACUAAAGAUUUUACACCACUGGGACUGGAUUUACUGGAAGACGCAGCAGGGAAAACAAUUUAAAAAAGCCUUAAGUGUUGUACACAGGUUUACCAGGGAAGUGGUCCAGAAGCGGCGUGCCCUCAUUUGCCAGCAGCGGGACACAGAAGCAGAUUUCCCCACAGCACCACAGAGGAAGAAAGAUUUUGUGGACAUCAUCCUGCUGUCAAGGGAUGAGGACGGACAAGGCUUAACAGAUGAGGAGAUACAGGCAGAGGCCAACACCUUCAUGUUUGCAGGUCAUGACACAACAGCCAGUGCGAUUUGCUGGACGCUGUAUAAUUUAGCACGCCAUGCCCACUAUCAGGAAAAAUGCAGGCAGGAAGUGGUGGAGCUGAUGAAAGGACGAGAGAGGCGAGACGGACAUGAAAUAGAGUGGGAGGAUCUGUCAAACCUCACCUUCACCACCAUGUGCAUCAGAGAAAGCCUGAGACUCCACUCUCCUGUGCAGGCCGUAACAAGGAAAUACACCCAGGACAUGGCGCUGCCAGGGGAUCGGACAGUACCUGAGGGUGCCAUUUGUCUGGUCAGUAUUUAUGGAACACACCACAACCCCACUGUCUGGACAGACCCACAUGAGUUUAAUCCUCUGCGUUUUGACCCAGCCAACAAAGAAAGCCAGUCUUCUCAUGCCUUCAUCCCCUUUUCAUCAGGCCCCAGGAACUGUAUCGGUCAGAAAUUCGCCCUGGCAGAGCUGCGAGUCGUUGUGGCGCUGACCCUGCUCAGGUUCCGUCUGACCCCGGGGGAGAACCCCGAACUCGGGACCAGCUCUGGUGGCGUUCGCCGUCUCCCCCAGCUCGUCCUGCGCGCUGAGGGAGGCCUGUGGCUGCAGCUGGAGCCUCUGACUACAGCCAACAUGGAGGAACCACUGGCUGAAUGAUCCAAUAAGAUCACCUGUUCACCUGUUUUAUAACAUAACAUGAACACAGACCCUCUGGCCUCACACCUGGGACUUUAGCACUGUUCUUCUCACUGUAUUCAUGCUUACUGUAUUGUUUCUAAAUGCAUCUGCAACUUCUGCUUUCUACAGAGCACAAUUUUGGGCUUUUACUAUCACUUCAAAAAUGAUGAAACAUUUAAUGUAAUACUGCACAGUGUAAUAUGUAAUUUGCUGUUGCAGCAUUUAUUGUUCUAUUGCAUGACUUGUUGACUAUUUUUUACUAUAUUGAGUUUAGUUUAAAUAAAUUCUGAGAUUAAAGUCAAGUGUAGCAAAGACAAUUUGUGGCAGCGAAUGACUGUAUUGGAUUUAAGGAAUCUUAAUGAGGACAACACAAACUACUGCCUCUAUUUAAAAAA